ACAGCAACAAAAUAAAGCUGUACGGGAAGGAUUAAGCCGGAGUGUCCAUGUGCUCUCAUUCCAUCGCGGAUCGGCUUCUUGUAGAUAUAUAUAUUUAAUUAAUCUAGAGGAGGACUGCUGCUGAGGCAGCACAGAGGGGCGGAGCCCAGUCCCACGGCCAGGUGCAUCACUUUAAUGCUUCAGUUGGAUGGUUUUCCUACUGGAGACAGUGUUAAGGCUGAUCGAUCGGCUGGCAGACUGACUGGAUCCAUGAUGGAAUUACAGACAUUACAGGAGGCUCUGAAGGUGGAGAUACAGAUCCAUCAGAAGCUGGUUGCCCAGAUGAAGCAGGACCCUCAGAAUGCAGAUCUGAAGAAGCAGCUCCACGAGCUUCAGGCGAAGAUCACAGCGCUGAGCGAGAAGCAGAAAAAGGUGGUGGAGCAGCUGAGGAAGGAGCUGUUGGUGAAGCAGGAGCCAGAGGCAAAGCUACAGCUACAAGUCCAGGCUCCCCCAGCAGGUGGUGAAAUCAAGCCAGCCAGCCUGCUGCAGAAUCAACAGAUACCUGGAGGACUGCAGCAGACGCUGACGGUCACGCCGGUCCUUACUACUAAGACCCUACCUCUGGUGUUGAAAGCUGCUGCCACACCCACCUUACCCGGCUCACUCCUGCCACAACGCCCUGCCACUGUUGCCAUGGUAACCACAGCUAUCACCAAACCUGAUUCACAGAACGCCCCCAUCAACCUUCAGGUGGCCAGCAAGCUUACCAAUCAGGGCUCAGAGCCUUUGCGAUUGGUAUCCAAGAACGCCGUGGUGGUGCAGGCCACCCCCACCACCACCCAGCCAAUCAAAGUUCCUCAGUUUGUCCCUCCUCCUAGACUGACGCCUCGACCCACCUUUCAGCUACAGGUCAGGCCAAAACUGGCCACUCCCACCAAUAUUCCCAUUGCCCCGGCACCUCCGCCACCCAUGAUGGCAGCCCCGCAACUGCUGCAGAGGCCUGUGAUGUUGGCUACCAAGUUGUCCUCUUCUUUGCCUUCGGCGGCUCCUAUUCACCAGGUCCGUAUUGUUAAUGGACAACCCUGUGGCAAGACCGGCUCUACUCCUCUAGCAGGCAUUGUCAUCACCACGCCAGUUUCUGCCACCACAACACGUCUGUCCACACCUGUACAAGCCCCCAAUCUUACACCUAUUCCCACACCCGCUCCGGUGCAGCCAAUCCAGAUCAGCAGUGUGACCAUGGACCCUAAGCAGACUGUUAAAGUUGAGGCAAGUACUGAGCAAAAGACCACUGUCAGCCCCCCCUUUUCCUCGACUCCUCCACUGUCUCCGCCUCCGAGAGCCAAGAAAGAGGAGGAUCCUGAGAAACUGGCCUUCAUGAUGUCCUUGGGACUUGAACAUGACCACUUGGAAGAAAUUCAGAGUAAAAGGCAGGAGCGGAAGCGAAGAACGACAGCCAACCCAGUGUAUAGCGGUGCUGUGUUCGAACCUGAGAGGAAAAAGAGUGCAGUGAGUUACCUGAACAGGCCCCCUGCCCAGGGGACCAGGAAAAGAGGUCGUCCACCCAAAUACAGCAGCGUCCUGGAGCUGGGCAGCCUCACCCCGACCUCCCCCUCCAGCCCCGUCCAUCCCCUCCCCCUGCCCAGCCCCAGCUCUGGGGAUGGAGACAUCCAUGAGGAUUUCUGCACUGUGUGCAGACGCAGUGGCCAGUUGCUCAUGUGCGACACGUGUUCUCGUGUUUAUCACCUGGACUGCCUGGAUCCACCCCUGAAAACCAUUCCUAAAGGCAUGUGGAUCUGUCCAAAAUGUCAAGAUCAGAUCCUGAAAAAAGAAGAAGCCAUUCCAUGGCCUGGUACCCUGGCUAUUGUUCAUUCCUAUAUAGCUUACAAAGAAGCUAAAGAAGAGGAGAAACAGAAGCUAGUGAAAUGGAGUUCUGAACUGAAAUUAGAACGAGAACAGCUGGAACAGAGAGUUAAACACCUUAGCAACUCUAUAACGAAAUGUAUGGAGACAAAGAACACCAUUCUGGCUCGUCAGAAGGAAAUGCAGCUUUCUCUGGACAAAGUCAAACAUCUAAUUCGCCUCAUCCAAGCCUUCAGUUUUAACCGAGCUCUGGCAGAGACAGAGGGUACAGGUGGCAGUACCAGAAUCAGGAACAGCACUGAAGGCGGGAGCAAAACUGAAACGGCAUCAGAAGUUAACUCUGUAGAGAAAAUGGAGAUUGAGCGCUCUACAUCCAGCAGCAACACUGAUGUUACAGAGAAACAGCAGGAGCCUGGAGCUGCAGGAAAUGACCAGACAUGUAGUACCAAAGGAGUAACAGAUUGCCAGGGUGUUCUAGAUGAGGGCACCAUCCUAACAGCAAGUCAGAACCCUGCAAGGGCUGCGCCUGGUUUCAUUGUAGGGGGCAAGAUUACUCCUGGUGUAGGAACAGGUGGCAACACAGGGACUGGUCCCCAGGCUGAGAUGGUGGUCAGUACCGAUACUGAGGCAUUUCUGGCAGUUGACAAUGCCAGUUCCUCAGUGGUUACAACUGUUGUCACCACCAACGGCACCACCGGGCUGGUCUGCCCUAACUACAGCCCCAUGGAAGCCUGCGCUAUCAAUGCUACGACCAACUCUGAGAACAAGAUAGCUGCUUUCACCACUCCAGACACUGGUGGGGAAGAAACAAAGAAGAUCACUGAGAGUGAUGGCAGCAACACCAACAACAGCAAAACCUCAGAAUCCUCCCAGCAUUCUUUGCCAGCUCUUCUCAGCAGUUUGGACAAUAAAAAGUAAUGCUAUAUCUCUUGAGUUACCGGAAUUCAAACACAUAUAUAUUAAAAAGACUUGUGCUUGCACCUUAAGGUGCUCAAAAGUUGCCAAUCUGUAUAAAUGUUGUUUGUUUGCAUUGUAUUGUCAGACUGUGUCAAUGGUAGAUAUACAGCCCAAGUCAAAUGGCUCUGGGAAGAUGUAGGCUAUUCCACCCACAGAUCUUGGGAAAGGAAGCCUUAUGUACCAGUGUCAUUUUGCCAAUUAGUGGUAGACGUCAGUUGUGAGAAUGCUCAAAGGGAAAAUCAUUUCAUCAUCACACCAGUGUGUGCCUGUUAUAGCGGCCCCUGUGUUCUCUGGCAGUGUAGGAAGAUAGGUUCAGGUCAGGACGAUAACUGAGAACAUGGAACCAAACAUCUCUCUGGGGUAACUGGUUAAAAAAGCCAAAAAAAAAAACCCAACAACAACAACAAAAAAAAACUGUU